AUGAAGACUUCUCCAGGACCUUCCUUGACAUUUAUUCGUCCUCCUCUCGACGGAUCGCUUACUUACCCAGAAAUAUUCGACUACAAUGCACAACACAGCCCAGACCAUCCUGUCUUUCAAUUUUAUGAACAGGACCAUAUUCAAAAAAUCACCUGGAGCGAGGUCACCAAGGCUAUCCAUGCCGCCGGUCGUGUUGUUCGUGAUCAUGUCACUCGGACGGACUAUAUGGACUCCGCCCCAAUUGUAGGAGUUCUGGCAAAUGCUGAUAGCAUCACGUUCCUCACUGUUGUCUCUGGGAUCAUUCGCGCAGGGUACACGGCGUUCCCGAUAUCUACCCGCAACUCACCUGCAGCGAUCGCUCAUCUGCUUGGAAGCACUAGAUGCAAAUAUCUAUUUGUCAAUGCCGACUCCGCUAUGCAGGAAAUAGCGCACCUGCAAGAUGGUAUAAAAUUGAUACCGAUGCCGACAUUUGAAGAUCUCUACCUGAAGAAUGAUUCAGAGCCACUGCCAUAUGUCCCUGAUUGGAAGCAAAUAGCGCUCAUUAUUCAUUCUUCGGGAUCGACGCGGCUCGGGCCUAGCCCAAUUGCCUACUCGCAUCGGAAUUAUAUGAUGCACGGAGUUUGGUUGUCUUACGGAGACAUGGAUGUUUGCGGACACGUUCUUUCUGCACAUGCGUCAGCUAUGUAUCAUCUCAUGGGAUGUUGGACAUUCAUGGUCGCUGCUUCGGAUGGUGUAACUAUAGCAGUUUUCCCUCCUGAGAAUCCACCCAUAGUGCCGACACCACAGCGCGUCUUGGAGGGCAUAAUAGCGACGAACUGUACGAUCGUGUUUUGUGUCCCCCACUUUUUCGAAACAUGGGUACACGAUCCGGCCGCUGUCGAAGUUCUGACAAAGGCUACAGUCGUAUUAUUUGGAGGUGCACCGCUUGCCAAAGCUGCUGGAGACUCACUAGUAGCCAAGGGUGUAACUCUUUGCACCCUUUUCGGAAGUACCGAAACCACAUUCACUGCAAAGAUGAUUCCCAAGGAGACGCCUGCCGAGGGAUGGGAAUGGUUUGAGGCGAGUGUAAAACUAUCACGCCAUCGACUUCUACUUACUUUGCUAAUACAGUGGGCGCAUUAUAUCGAUUAUAUCCUUCUUCCAAUCGAAGGAGAGGAGAAUAUGUUCUAUGUUAUCAUCAAGGAAAAUCCUAACACGGGGUACUCACCGGCGGUCUUUAACACUACGAUAGACGGUGUCAGGGCGAACGACACCAAAGAUAUCUUUAUCAGGCAUCCAACCAAUCCUGAAAUGUUCAAGUGCUACGGAAGAUACGGUAUGAUGAAUCUCGCGCUGCAGUGGGGAAAAGACGAACCCUAUGCCAAUCGGCAUGUGUAUUUUUCCCGUCUUAGGCACUGCGCUGAUCCUCUAGCAGAGAAAACUAUUACUACCGACAAACGAAUUGCCGUCGCCGUGAUGUUUGGUCAAUUAAGAAUCCAGUCCGGAGUUUUGGUCUCGCCAGCGCCUGAACAUGAAUUUGACCCCGCCAACGAGAAAGACCUCGCUGACUUCCGUGCGAGUAUUUGGGGCACGGUGUCCAAGGCUAAUAACGAGGCCCCGCAACACUCGAGGAUCUCCAAAGAGAUGAUCAUCAUCACACAUCCAUCCAAGCCCUUCACGUUCACUCCCAAAGGGACUCUUCGACGACCGGCUAUUCUGAAAGCCUACAGCAGGGAGAUCGAGGCAGCAUACGAAGCGGUUGACAAGAUCUCUCUCUACAACAUCCCAGCACCCUAG